GCGGCCGGGCCUGGCCGCAGGUGGGUGCUGCGGGCGGGCUCCGUGACGGGGCCGGGGAGGCCGUGCCCUCCCGUCCCGGCAGGCCGCUCCGCCAUGAACCAGUUCAGCUUCGGCUCGGCCUCGGCCGGCGGCGGCGGCGGCUUCACGUUCGGCACGCCGAAGACCGCCGCCACCACGACGGCCGCCGGCUUCUCCUUCACGCCCGCCCCGUCGGGGGGCUUCAGCUUCGGCAGCGCGGCGCAGACGCCCGCCAGCAGCCAGCCCGCGGCGCUCUUCUCCUUCAGCACGCCCGCCACCACCGCUCCACCCGCCGGCUUCAGCUUCGGCACGCCUGCCGCCGCCGCCACGCCGGCAGCCAGCGUGUUCCCGCUGGGGGGCAACGCACCCAAAUUAAACUUUGGAAGCAGUAGCACAACUCAAGCUACUGGGAUCACAGGGGGGUUUGGGUUUGGUAGCUCUGUACCAACCAGCACACCCUCGAGUCAAGCAGCAGCCCCUACUGGCUUUGUGUUUGGAGCUGUUGCCAUCACCGCCACCACCACCACGACCACCACCACUCAGUCUGGGACAACUGGAGGCUUUACUUUCGCUAGCGGUACCACGACCCAGGCGGGAACAACCGGCUUCAACAUUGGUGCUGCAAGCACCACGACUCUGCAAGCAGCACCCACGGGGUUGACCUUUGGAGCAGCACCUGCUGCUGCGGCCACCACUGUGGCCACCUUAGGAACCACAACCCAGCCUGCAGCCCCCUUCAGCCUAGGGGGACAGUCCUCGGGUCUAAACUUCGGAUCGUUGACUUCAACAGCAUCAACAGCAGCUACUAGUGCACCCACGGCAACACUGACUGCUACUACCAGCCAGGGACCCACUCUGACCUUUGGAAACAAACUGGGAGUAACAUCCACAGCUUCUACAACGGCGGCUACCACCACAGCUUCCCUUCUUGGUUCAACGGGCCCUACUUUGUUUGCAUCUAUAGCAAGUUCUUCAGCACCGACCUCAUCUACCACCACAGGCCUAUCACUUGGUGCCCCUUCCACUGGUACAGCUGGUCUUGGGACUUCUGGAUUUGGCUUAAAAGCUCCUGGAACAACAGCUGCAGCAACGAGCACAGCCACAAGCACUUCUGCUUCUAGUUUUGCUUUGAAUCUUAAGCCAUUAACUACAACGGGUGCUACUGGAGCUGUGACUUCUACAACUGCUAUAACCACCACAACAGCCAGUGCACCUCCAGUGAUGACUUAUGCCCAGCUUGAGAGUUUGAUAAAUAAGUGGAGUCUAGAACUGGAAGAUCAAGAGAAACACUUUCUUCAUCAAGCUACACAAGUUAAUGCCUGGGAUCGGACACUGAUAGAGAAUGGAGAGAAGAUUACUUCAUUACACAGAGAAGUAGAGAAAGUGAAGCUUGAUCAGAAGAGAUUGGAUCAGGAGCUAGACUUCAUUCUGUCUCAGCAGAAAGAGCUUGAAGACUUGUUGACCCCUCUGGAGGAGUCUGUGAAGGAACAGAGUGGGACUAUCCAUUUGCAGCAUGCAGAUGAAGAACGGGAAAAGACCUAUAAGUUGGCUGAAAACAUAGAUGCUCAGUUGAAGCGUAUGGCACAAGAUCUCAAGGACAUCAUUGAGCACUUGAAUACAUCAGGAGGCCCAGCAGACACCAGUGACCCGCUUCAGCAGAUCUGUAAAAUUUUGAAUGCACAUAUGGAUUCAUUGCAGUGGAUUGACCAGAACUCAGCAUUGUUGCAGAGAAAGGUGGAAGAAGUGACAAAGGUUUGUGAGAGCCGCCGCAAGGAGCAAGAGCGCAAUUUUGGGAUCACAUUUGAUUGAAAGUCUCAAAAGUUAUUAACCUAAUAUCCACAUAGGAAUAGGUUGGUGGGGACCUAAGUCUAAACUUGUGAUCUGCUUUUCUUUUUGUUGCAAUAAAGUUUGUUUAUAUUCCAAAGCUA